CACCAAGUUAAACUCGUAUAUUUUUUGGGUUACUAUCUUGAGUGUAGUCAUUUGCCUCGGUCAUUGUGUUAUAUAUCAGAAAUGCAGAUCAAAACAGACUCACAUUUGUUUGGUAUUGAAGAGAGUGGAGCAGAGGAUUGCACCAUGAUGCCACCACUAACCCCCAUUACUGUUUGUAUUCACUAAAGCCACUCUUCCUACCUCUGGUACAAAGGUCAUGUGACAGAGGAUGAUGAUCAGACUGGGGACAGCGGAUUGGAAACUGGAUCUGGUGGUGCCCAGUUUAUGUUUCACUUACCACCAGCCGGUGGAUGAUAUACUGCUCUAUGAGGAUUAGAGAUGUGAAAGUAAAUCACUAUACAAAAGUUUGCGAUACACUUACAA